AAACGUGCUCAUUAUCAACUCUUCCGUUUGAUGGUUUUAUUGUUGAAUGGUUGUACCGGAAGUAGUGUCCUUAUCACGGUGAGUCUGACCAUGUUGUGGUAACGAGCUGCAGCUGCGGUAUCUGAAGAGAGGUAGACCACUAAAAGAGGACAGGAGGAGACUGGGCCGAGAGCAGACCAGGAGCGCAUACAUGGCUUCGGCGGGUGCGGAGUGAAGGAUGGGCUCCAGUGUAACGCAGCCAUGGCCAGAUCCACCAACAGAAGUGCCGAGGACGGGGACUCACGGGUAGCCGCCCCCACGGAGCGCGGAGAGGCUCGGGACCUGGCCGAGCCCCGGGAACUGUCUCUGGAAGAGGUGCUGAAGUCCUACGAGCAGCCCAUCAACGAGGAGCAGGCAUGGGCGGUGUGCUACCAGUGCUGCAGCGGGCUGAGGGCGCCCCGCCCGCCGGCUGGGAGACCCAGCCGGGUGAAGGACCCGUCCUCCAUCCGACUCCAGAGAGACGGGACCGUGGUAUUACUGCAGGAGCCCCGACAGCACGGUGACACCGAUGGAUCUUCUCCUCCACCUGCAGCCGAGCGUCAGGUGGUCCAGUCCCUGGGUGUGACCAUCUACCGAGCUCUGGACUGGGGGCUCGAUGACAGUGAGGAGCGGGAGCUUGGCCCUCAGCUGGAGCGUCUCAUCGAACGCAUGGUGGGGGCAGACCCGGGUGGAGAGGGCGACAGCACCACUGGCAGCGGAACAACAGAUGAGGGCUACAGCGGGCAGGAAGAAGAAGAAGAGGAGGAGGAAGAGGAGGAAGAGGAGGAGGAGGAGAACAUGGAGGAGGACCAGGAGGGAGCGUUAAGGCCGGUGUGUACAUUCCGCCAGGUGAUGGCGCUGUGUGCGUCCCGGCUGGCCAACCCAAGCCUGGCUCCGGAGCACUAUCAGGCCGUCUGCAGGGCUCUGUUUGUGGAGACUCUGGAGCUGCAGACCUUCCUCAUCAAGAUCAAAGAUGCUAAGGAGAUACUGAAGAAGAUCUCCAAAGAGGAAGCUCGGGAGGACAGAUCGACAGCUGAGCUGGACUCACUGAAACACAAAGACUGGGCCAGGCUGUGGGUGCAGCUGAUGAAGGAGCUCCGGCAGGGAGUGAAGCUAAAGAAAGUUCAGGAGCAGCCGUUCAACUCGCUGCCCACUGAGUUCAGCCUCACUCCCUUUGAGAUGCUGAUGCAGGACAUUCGAACGCGCAAGUUCCAGCUACGCAAAGUCAUGGUAGACGGUGACAUCCCGACCAGAGUGAAGAGAAACGCUCAUGAAAUGAUUCUGGAUUUCAUCAGAUCAAGACCUCCACUCAAACCGGUCUCAGAGCGCAGCCUCCCCCCUCCUCCCCCGCAGCAGCAGUCCCUCCAUGAGCUGGUCCUGGCUGAGAUCAAACAGGAGAGAAAGCUGAGGCCCGUGGACCCCUCAGGCUCCAGACCGUUUGGCUCCAUGCCCUGCCUGGCUCACACUUGUCCUUGUAAUGUCAAAUCCACCUCGUGCAUCGACCUGUCUGUGUCCGAGCUCGGGUCCCGCCAGCCGUCCCGCCCUCGUGUCCUGCUCAAGGCUCCGACUCUGGCCGAGAUGGAGGAGAUGAACAUAUCGGAGGAGGAGGAGUCUCCAGACAACAGUGAUCUGCGGAGAGCUGAGAGCUCGCCCACUCCUCUGAAAAGAGAUCGCUCUUUCUCGGAGCACGACCUGGCUAUGCUCCGCGGUGACAUGCUCCCUUCGUUCUCUGAGUCGGCCCACUUAGGUGGGGAGGUCAGGCUGAGGGGGGAGAGGCCUCGGUCCAGGACACUGACUGGCGCCGGGCCACUUCCGUACUACAGAGCUUCCUUCCCAGUUCACGGCUGGGUCCCGCCCUCUCCAGCCCGACUGUCUCUGAGCUCAGUGGACGAGACCACGGAGGCGUCAGAAACCAGGUCUAGCUGUAAAGCUGGAGACAAGAAACAGUGGAUGGAGGAGUUCAGCCACCCUGUGGAGAGUCUCGCCUUAACCGUGGAUGAGGUCAUCAAUGUGCGCCGAGUGCUGGUCAAAGCAGAGAUGGAGAAGUUCCUUCAGAGCAAAGAGCUCUACAGUAACCUGAAGAGGGGAAAGAUUUGCUGUUGCUGCAGGGUGAAGUUCCCUCUCUUCUCUUGGCCGUCUACCUGCCUACUUUGUAAAAGGUCUGUCUGCAGCUCCUGCAGUGCAAAGAUGAAGAUCCCCUCGAAGAAGAUGGCCCAUAUUCCCGUGUACACUGUUGGCUUCCACAGCACUCCAAAGAGCCAUGGACAUAAAAGCCAAGUUUAUAAGUCUCUGCGCAGCUUAACCCGCCGCUCAGUGGAGGAGGAGUUCCCCCACUUAUACGCACACGGCUGCACGCUGCGCGACAUCUGUGCUGAGUGCACCAAAUUCGUGGCUGAUGUCAUUUCCUCCAGCCGGCGGAGCCUGGACAUCCUCAACAACACUCCCAAGAGAGAGGCCAGAUCUGCUGUGGCUGCUGCUCCUCAGAGACCACAGCUGCAGCGUCAGUCCAACCUCGAGAUCUGUCCUGCCGCCCCCCCUCAGUGUCACUCCCCGCUCCCUCCCCAGCACCAUCAUCAACAGCUUCUAGCAUCAUCAUCAUCGUCUCAUUCGCCUCAGCUCCAAACCAAGACCAUCAACAAUGUGAAUCAAUGAACAGUUGAACUGAUGUUUUACCCCUCUCUGCACACACAUCCACCACACACAUGCACACACACUCCUCAUGCGCUCACACAUGCACAGGUUAAGUAGGAGUCUUUAGGGUUCUAGCGCUGACACAUCAGAUAAAGGAUCACGGAGAACUUCCUCUCCAGUUCAGGUCCUUCUUUCAGGAUCUCUUUGUUGGAGCAUUAAAUGCUUUCUUGUGCUUUGUUAAUAAAGCUUUUCUGGAGCUGUAGAACCUUUUAGUGAGGAACUCUAAACCACCACCACCUCACCAAUCAUCCACUUACCAACUACAUCACACACACACACAACGCACAUGCACAGCACCCCUCAGUCACAUUAAAGGUUUCAGUAAGAAGCAGCUGUGUGUGUGUCUGCUGUAUUCGCAGCACCAUGACUUCCUGUCCUGCUGCUCACAGCUGCUGGGAAGCGGCAUGAGAGAGGUGCAGGGCAGAUGAGGACAGCACUGGUUGGUUGGGAGAGUAAACACUUUGAGAGAGAAGGUGGAGGGGUCAUCAGGUGGUGGUGGUCGUAGUUAAAGAAGGAUGAAAGCUCCACAGCAUAGAGUAAACAUGUAACCCUUAGCAUUUUAGCUCUCUGUGGUUGCCUUGUUUUGUCAUGAAUGUAACUUAGAGAUCCAGAAACUGAAUUGUAAAGUUAUACGCUCCUUCACAGCAUAGGAACAUUUAUUUUUCAGCAUCUAAAAAAGGGAUUUAUAACAAGCGGCUGCUGCGUAAUGAGGCCUCUUUUGCAUUUUAGAUAUGCUUGUAAAGUCCCAGGCACAUCUGGAUGGGGUAUGAAAGCGGCGACACUGUGAAUGUACUGGGGUAAAGCUGCACCUUUAACUGCUGCAGCAUGAUGAUGCUGAUCUGAAGCGAGCGGAUGAAACUCCCGCCUCUCACUCCCCAUAGACGCUUGCAAUCUGCUCUGGUUUUGUAAACACUAAGUAAACCUCAACUGCAAUAAAAUGUAACGAGAAACACAA